CAGUUGAAUUCAUGAAUCCUGUGAAGCAGUGGUUCCUCACUAUAAGUUGGGAGCGAGUUUUGGAAAUCCCCCUUUUAUUUUGAAAAUAACUCGGGGACAGGAAGUGGAGCCGGAACAUAAAACGUCGAACAGGAGUUCCGCCUUUAAAGCUGUGCUGUUGUUGUCAGCUCCGGAGGCAGCACGGAACUUAUAAAGGUGACACAUUUUACCACUGAAACGCAUUUUUAAUAAAACAUCUUAUUUUUGAGAACAUAAUUACUUGUGGCUGUCACGCCGGAGCUCGUUUAUCCUGAAGCCGAUCCGACGGACACUUUAGCAGCAUGAGCAGCAGCCCUGCGUCGGUCCAGAUGGAGGAGGUCCAGAGGAGAGCCCUGUCGCUCCUCUCCUCCUCGGGUUUAGCCCAGGAUGUGAAGGCGGAGGUCCAGGCCAUGGCCGCCAUCCUCCUGCCUCUGUCGGAGAAGUACCGUCACUUGGGAGUGGAGGCCAUGUUGAGGGAGAACAUGGCCUGCCGCAACACACAGGAGGUUCUGGAGUCUUUGAGUCGACUGGUCAAGGCCUUGAGUAUCCUGGAGAAGUACGGCUGUAACCUGACGAGUCCCGCCAGGCCCAGAUACUGGAGGAGCGUCAAGCACAACAACCCCGUGUUCAAAACCACCGUGGAUGCCAUUAAGGGCGGCCGGACAGUCUUGUUUCUGUACGGUUACACCAAUCAGCAGAUCGAUGGCCUCAGUUUCCCCGACGACGUCAGCGAACCGGACACCGCGAAAGUUGCCGCGGUGACGCUGGAGGUCAUGACCUUACGCACAGAGGUGGACAUGCUCGUUAAGGGCACCCAUCCUCACCCAGAAAACUUCAGAGAUAUCAUCCCAUUCAUCAUCCAGCAGGGUCAGCUGGUGCCUGACGCUGUGGUCAUCCCGCUUGGAGACGAGCAGCAGGUCGUCAAACCCCGGGUUCCGUCUCUUCCACCUAAGCCCACUCUGGGCCCCGGAGGACAACCUCUGAAACCGUCAACAGUGAGUAACUGUAAUCUGUGCGGCACCUCCUCGUCUCUGGUUUGCCCGUCUUGUGAAAAUCAAACUUUCUGCGACGAGUGUGACAACGUCUUUCACCGCCACCCCUCCAGAGCCAAUCACAAGAGAGACAAAAUACACAAGACCCAACAGGGAAUUUGCACCAUCUGUGGGAUUUCUGCGGUGCACGCUCAGUGCUCCACCUGCGUCCAGAUGUUGUGUGAGAACUGUGACAAGCUUUUCCACUCACACCCCGACCGCAAAGGACACAACAGAACUUUUGUUACUCCAGCCAAAACAUCCAGUCUUUCUCUGUCGCCGUGGGAGUGUGCUCACUGCACGACGGUGAACGAGAUGCGAGCCGUCCUCUGCUCGACCUGCGAGCGGCCUCGACUCGCCACGGCUGCUUCCACCGCUCAAGAAAGCCCGAUGUCGGUCCCUACAUCUCCCAACACAGAGUGGCAGUGUCAGAGCUGCACAGUCGUGAAUCAAGGCAGCAGCAUCCUCUGUGAGGUGUGUGAGCGCCCCCGUCUGGCCACUCGGCCACCCGUCGCACCACUGCCGUCCAGCCCCGGAUCCCUGUCUGACUCCGGAACGAAGUGGAUGUGCGAGUUCUGUACCUACGUAAACACCAAUCCCACCGUGGUGUGCGAGAUGUGCAACCUGUCCUGCAAAGACUCCGCUGGAGUUUCUCUGCCUCAGUCUCUCCAGCAGACUCCGUCCAGCGCCAAAGAACAACCGACGCUGAGGGUGAAGCCACAACCGAAGCCCAGAGUGGACGUGGAGGUGAAAAGACAGAAGAUGAUGAGGGAAGACGGCCUCCAUCUCGUCCAGCAGAUCAGAGAAGCAGAAAAGCGCGGCGUCAGUGCCGAGGAGGUCUACGCUGCCAUCUGCAUGUGCGGCGGCAGCAACACGAACCCCUGUGAUUGGCUGACGUCAGAGCUGCCUCACCUGCUGGAUGAGAUCUGCGCCAUGGCGGCUUCCGUCCAGGUGGAGAGAGACGGCGAGGAGGCGGAGCCGAGCGGUCCCAGUGGCACAGGGGAAGGCGGGAAGCUGUCCAGAGCCGAGGCCAAGCUGGCCUGGCUGUCGGCGGGAGGAGACACCGACAGAGCCGUGAGACAGCUGCUGAGAGACAGACAGGUCAAGAUGAAGGAGCUGCACUCUCUGGGCUUCAGAGACGUGUUGCGGUGCGAGGAGGCCCUGAGGCUGAGCGGAGGAGAGGUGAAGGGGGCUCUGUCUCUGCUGCAGCGCCCCCUGCUGGAGCCCUUCCACCAGCGCAUCUGGAUCGACCAGCCCGAGCCGCCGAUCGAUCCCAAACACCCGGACAAACAGAGGAUGUGCAGACGUCUGCUGGCGCUGUACGAACUGCCCAGUUGGGGGCGCUGCGAGCUCGUCCUCUCGCUGCUCCAAGAGCCGGGCGUCACCUACUCCCUGGAUGACGUAGUGCAAGCGGUGAAAGUGUCGCCCGACAAGGACUUCAUCAAGCGUCUGCUCAUCAACGAGUGUCCCUGCUGUCUGAGCAUCUUCCCCCGCAGCAAGAUGCAGUCGCUGACUUCCUGUCAGUGCUCCGUCUGCCACGAGUGCUUCGGGCAGCACUUCACCAUCACCGUGAGAGACAAACACAUCAGAGACAUGGUGUGUCCCGUCUGCAGAGAGCCGGACAUCAACGACCCGGAACAACUGGACAGCUACUUCUCCACGCUGGACAUACAGUUACGCAACUGCCUGGAGCCGGACGUGUACGAGCUGUUUCAUAAAAAGCUGACCGAGCACGCCCUGAUGAAAGACCCAAAGUUCCUGUGGUGCUGUCACUGCACCUCCGGGUUUAUCAAUGACGGAGACCAGCUGAAGGUCACAUGUCCGUCCUGCCGAAGGAGUUUUUGCGCUCAGUGCAAGAAACCUUGGGAGCCCCAGCACCAGGAUCUGUCCUGUGAGCAGUUCCAGCAGUGGAAGAGGGACAACGAUCCGGAGUACCAGAGGCAGGGAUUGGCCGGCUUCCUGAGAGACAACGGCAUCACCUGUCCUUCCUGCAGGUUCCAGUACGCUCUAACCAAAGGCGGCUGCAUGCACUUCAGCUGCUCCCAGUGCAGGUACCAGUUCUGCAGCGGCUGCAACAACCCGUACCACAAGACGGUGUGUAAGACGCCCCAGUGCAGUUACACCGGCCUACAUGCUCAUCACCCGCGGGACUGUCUCUUCUACCUCAGAGACUGGGAGCCGUCCCGACUACAGGCCCUGCUGCAGAGGUGUGGUGUGGAGUUCAACACAGAUCCUUCUAAUGGAACUCAAACUGAUGCUUGUUGUGUGAUGGAGCAGAAAGAUGAAGAAGGUCAGCAGAUUGAUUCACCGUGUGGCCUCCAAACACAGCCGGGACAAGCUGGACUCUGCGAGAAGCACUACCGGGAGUACCUGGUGAGCCUGAUCAACGCUCACUCUCUGGACCCCUCCCCCCUCUACGAGCCCAACGAGCUGAUCCGGACUUGUGAGCGGUACCUGGUGGACACGCAGAGAGCAGACAACGAGGACGACAACGGGUACAACGCCCGACUCCUCAAGAAACUGAUGGAGGUUCCUCUUGGAGAAAAAGUUCCUCGGAACAAAUAAAAAGGUUCCCUGAACAGAACGUCACCAGCUCAUCAAAAGCACUUAAACAACGAGUGUUGAAUCUGCAAUCAGCGCUGCGUUCGGCUGUUUUUAUUUAUUUAUCUGCAAAGUCAUUCUGGUCUCAAUCAAAAUAAGGAACUUUAAACUGGUGUCAGCUGAGGGUCAUUCAUGUUCUUCUGUCUGGUUUUCUUUCCUGUUCAUCGUCGCGAUGAGCUCAUUAUGGAACGGUUUCUUUGUGAUCUCAGUUUUCCUCUCUGACAGUUUUAAAUCCUUCAAAAUACUUAUUAAAACGAAUUUAUGUGAGGUAUGGAGUUGGAACAUUUUAAAUGAACGACAUGAAUGUUUGUUGAUUUAUCUUUUGCACUAGAAAGAAAAAAAAAAUAUGAUUAUAGAUUUCAAAUGAGCAAAAUUAUAUAAAUAAAUAUAAAAAAUAUAUAAAGGAUAAGAGUAUAGAUAUUUUAUCGGGUUUGUCUGUUUACUUUAUAAAUGUUGGGUGAAUAAAUACAUUAAUAAAUAAUGAUUAUUCUGAAGUGUUGAUUUAUUGACUUUGACCCAGCAUGUUUUAGCACUCUGAAAUCACAGUUUAAGUUUUUGUUAUACUUACUAUACUUUGUAAUACUAAAUUAAAUG